UUUUUUUUAUGAGUUGUUUUGUUAUGUUUUGAAAUUGUAUGACAGGUUGUAACCAGAUUUGAUGUUGAUACAAGUGAUGAUUCUACUUCUGAUGAAAGCGAUGAUGAUUUUGUAGAAUUUCUUAUUAGUAAUGUGAUCUAUGACUAUCAUCAUAAAUUCUUUAAUAAAUGAAAGGUUCUAACAUCAUCAUUAUGUGGUCGUGAAUUUGUUGUUGAAGUAUUAAAUGGAUCUGAAACAAGUUGUUUUGAUUUAUUUCGGAUGAAGAAUGAAUGUUUUCUUAAUUUUUGUAAUGAAUUAAGAGGGAAGAACUAUCUAAGUGACUCAAGAGAUGUACUUGUCGAAGAGAAGGUUGCCACUUUUUUAUUUAUAAUUGGGCAUAAUGUUCGUCAUAGAGUCGCUUCAAACCGCUGUCAACAUUCCACAGAAACAAUCUCAUGCAAUUUCAAGGAAGUAUUAAGGGCAGUGUGUCGAUUGGGAAAAGAACUCAUAAAACAAGAGUCCAUAGAGUUGCCUGAAAGAAUUAAGAAUAAUUCAAAAUACUAUCCUUGGUUCAAGAAUUGCAUAGGUGCAAUAGAUGGUACACAUAUAAGUGCAUGGGUUCCUGCAGAGAAACAAAUUUCAUGUAGAGGUAGAAAGACAACAAUCACGCAAAAUGUCAUGUGUGCUUGUGAUUUCAACAUGAUGUUUACAUAUGUAUAUUCUGGGUGGGAAGGAAGUGCACAUGAUUCAAAAAAAAUUUUGGAUGCAAUUUCAAAUCCAAAUGUAGGAUUUCUUUGGCCACCUAGAGGUUCAUUUUAUCUCGUUGAUUCUGGGUAUCCAUGUACUAGAGGUUUGCUUCCUCCUUAUAGGGGUGAAAGAUAUCAUGCCCAAGAAUAUAGAGGCCAAGGUAGACAACCUAGGAGUCCCGAAGAGUUAUUUAACUACAGACACUCAUCUCUACGGAUGACAAUUGAACGUUGUUUUGGGGUGUUGAAAAAUAGAUUUCCUAUUUUGAAGUUGAUGCCUCCUUAUAAACCUUCCAGACAAAGACUUAUAGUGAUAGCUUGUUGUACUAUUCAUAACUACAUACAUAAGUGGAAUUUACCAGAUGAAUUAUUCAACUUAACUAGAUUAUCUGAUGAAGGUGCGGUUGAAAUGACAAUGAGUAGGAAUCGUAUUAGAGAUAAGAUGUGGAUACACCAUCACAAUUAGUUGGACAAAUUACUAUCUUUUAGAUUUCAUUAUAUACAUUCUUGGUGGAUAUUUCUUAAAUACUUGUGUUGUUUCGACUUAAUUUUUAUGUUCUUGGUGGAUAAUAUCUAUGCUAAAUUUUUAUAUACUUUUUUCUUGGGUU